AUGAUUGGAAACCAAAAAAUAAGUGAUCUUACUCCAACCACAGCGAUGCGCGGGGCCGAGACUGACGCCUUGGGUUUGUUGCUCAAGGAGAGGAUUGUCUUCUUGGGAAAUCAGGUUGAUGAUUUUCUUGCUGAUGCUAUUAUUAGCCAGCUGCUCUUGCUUGAUGCUCAGGACCCCAGUAAGGACAUUCGACUUUUCGUCAAUUCCCCUGGUGGCUCCCUCAGUGCUACAAUGGCCAUCUUUGAUGUUGUACAACUUGUUAGAGCUGACGUCUCCACGAUUGCGCUAGGCAUUUCAGCGUCAACAGCUUCCUUAAUCCUUGGUAGUGGCACCAAAGGCAAACGCUUUGCAAUGCCUAAUGCACGAAUUAUGAUACAUCAGCCACUGGGAGGUGCAAGUGGGCAAGCGAUAGAUGUCGAAAUUCAAGCUCAAGAAGUGAUGCAUAACAAAAAAAAUGUCACUAGAAUUAUAUCCAAUUUCACUGGUCGCUCAUUUGAACAAGUCGAAAAAGAUAUCGAUAGGGAUCGUUACAUGUCCCCUAUUGAAGCAGUUGAAUAUGGCAUAAUUGAUGGGGUUAUUGACAGAGAUAGCAUUAUUCCACUUGUGCCUGUUCCUGAAAAGUUGGGGCAAAACAUUACAGUCGGGCAACACGAACAUGUAGCUGGUGAAUAG